CGCCGGAGAUUCGGCCUCCUCGUUGGGAGACUGGCGUGUAUUUUUUAAAAGUAGCUAUUUUUGUAUAAUUACGUUCUUUUACUUAAUAUUCGUUAUUUUCUCUCGGAAUUCUUGAAGAUAUGAAUAACAAAUUCCAAGCCCUGAAAGAUGAUGACAGUGGGGACCAUGAACACAAUGAAGAGAAUGAGUCACUAAAGGAGAAAGAAGCAGAAUUAUGUGAACAGGAAAAGACACAAAGCACUGCUAAAAGAAAGGCAGUGACACCUGGAGCCGGUGAGCACCCUCUACAAUAUAACUACACCUUCUGGUACUCCAGGCGUACACCAAGCAGACCAGCUAACACCCAGAGCUAUGAGCAGAACAUUAAACAGAUUGGAACAGUUGCCUCAGUGGAGCAGUUCUGGAGGUUCUACAGCCAUUUGGUGCGACCAGGUGACUUGACAGGUCAUAGCGAUUUCCACCUCUUCAAGGAAGGUAUCAAACCUAUGUGGGAGGAUGAAGCCAACAAGAAUGGCGGCAAAUGGAUAAUACGCUUGCGCAAAGGCCUGGCAUCCAGAUUUUGGGAAAACAUCAUCCUAGCCAUGCUGGGAGAGCAGUUUAUGGUUGGAGAGGAAAUCUGUGGAGUUGUGGUAUCGAUCAGAUUUCAAGAGGAUAUAAUUUCAGUGUGGAACAAAACUGCUAGUGAUCAAGCAACCACUGCUCGGAUACGAGACACAUUGCGUCGUGUGUUGAACUUACCACCCAGCACCAUUAUGGAGUACAAGACACAUACAGACAGCAUCAAGUGCGCAAGGUUGAACAGCCACCCAUCAGACCUGGUGUGCAUGUAGCUGCCUUCUGUUGACGUCCCAAAUGCAUGCUUCAAUAGCAUAGAGAAGAAGAUGCCGAAUCAUGUUGGGGCCAACACUCAUCCUUGUUUGACUCCACUACGCAUAGUGAAGGGUUCUGAUGAGCUGCCAUUGUACUGAACAGUAGCCCUCGUCAUCAUGGAAUGACUUGAUGAUACUUUGGAGUUUCGGGGGACAGCCGAUCUUGAGGAGAAUCUGAAAGAGCCCAUCCCUACUGACAAGGUUGAAUGCCUUGGUCAAGUUGAUGAAAGUGACAUAGAGGGGUUUCUUUGUUCCCUGCACUUCUCCUGGAGUUGACGGAGUGAGAAAAUUGUGUCAACAGUUGACCUCCUUGCGCAAAAACCACAUUGGGACUCAGGGUAGACUUGUCCUGCCAAAGUUUGUAGACAUGCCAGAGCUACAUGAGCAAAGGCUUUGCCAACAAUACUCGGGAGAUACCCCUGUAGUUGUUGCAGUCGCUCCUAUUACUCUUGUUCUUGUGCAAAGUGACGACUUUGGAGUUGUGCAUAUCCUGUGGUACGGCUCCUUCCUUCCAGCACUGACGGAGGACCUUGUGUGAAGGUUGGAGGAUUGAGCUUUUGUAGUGUUUGAUCAGGUCUGGAGGAAUCCCAUCAUUGCAAGGAGCUUUCCCUGGGGCAGACUGUCAAUUGCCUUGCUGAGGUCCUCAAUGGUUGGUAUGGAAUUGAGUUUUUCCAUGACUGGUAGACAAUUGGUGGCAUCAAUGGCUGAACUAACAACAUUUUUCCUCGAGUUCAGCUCAGAGUAGUGUUCUACCCAGAGUUCCAUCUGCUUGCCUUUGUCAGUGAUUAUUUCACCGCUGGAUGACAUUAGUAACAACGAAGUAGGUAAGACAGAGAAUGAGAUCCUGAGCCUAGGGAACUACUUUGCUGUUUGAAGAGCAAAACCUCAGUGCCCGAAACUAAUGAGUGUAGGAAAAGGAAAUGGGUUAGAGAAUGUGUGGCUGAAGGGGGUUUUUGGAUCAUUGGAACUUAUUUUGAAGAGGGUGAAAUCUAUACAAGAGGAACAGUUUGCACCUACACCAGAAUGAAGCCCACAUUCUAUCGGGGAGGUGCACCUUUUAAUUAUUUCAUAUUUGAUUAAUUUUGCCUACUUAAUGCUGCACAAUUGGUGUUCCAAACUCAUCAGCCACUCAAUGCGCGUUUUCAAUUUAAUUUUCUCUGGUGCCAGCUUCACGAUCUUUGUUAGACAAAUUUAUCCAAUACCUUGCCCAAUCACUUGCCACUGAUUCAUCAUUGUGUAAGUUGGUGCUGUCUACCCAUGUUGGUGUACAGGUAUGCGUUGCUUAACGUCUACAAUACGUUCUAUGAAAUCGGAUGUUAUAUGAUUUGGAUGUUGUGCGAACACCAUAUUAUAUACUUAGCAAACCUAUAUGGAAUACUGUAAUGUACCUGUAUUGACUAAAUAGCCAAGAACUUACACUACAACCCUAUACUCUAUACUAUAAUACAUACAUGCACUAUAAUUUUUUAUUUCAUUUUAAACUUUUUAACUUUUUUCUCUUUUUAAACUGCUGCUCUCACUAGGAGUGGUUUUACUGCAUUUGGAAGCCAUGAUGCACUUUACAGAAAUAUUUUUGAAAGAAAAUUAAACAGAGCGAUAACGCUAGUACACUCAAGAGACACGCGAUACAAGAGAUUGGUUACGUCCGCUAAGUCACGUUCUCCGAUCGGGACUACGGACGUAUAUGCGAUCGGACGAUGUCGGAAUGGACGUUAAGCGGCGCACACCUGUACUUUGAUCACUCUCUGCCCUUUCAUCUGCUCUCGUCAUUGCUAUCACUCCUGCCAUCGCACUUCAAAGUCAGUCAUCACUCAGUUUUGUCUUUCAGCCAGCCUUUGAGUCUUGCUUUCAUUUUUCA